UAUGACAGCCCACGCGGCACACGAGAGGGCUCCGCGCACCGCCAUGGACUACGCCACCAUGGACUACCAGCAGGGCUAUGCCGAGGGCCGCAGCCCACUGCUGCACGACAAGGACCCGCGGCUCCCCACGGGGGACGACCCGGGCCCCCGAGCCGACCCCGACGACCUGGACGAGUCGCUGUGCCGCUUGCCGCUGGCCGACGGCGCGUGCGGCGGCGUACGCACCGAGCUGCUGCGCCUGCCCGUGCACCACGACCACCACCACGACCACCACCAGCAGCAGCAGCAGCACCGGCAGCACCCGGACGACCCGGAUGGCCGCGGCGACCCCACCGUGCCCUCGUCAUCCUCGUCCUCCUCCUCAUCCGUCGCGGCCGAGGACAUGAAGGACCCGCUGUUGUCGGCGGCGGCUGAGCCGGGCGAGCUGGAGAUGGGGGCCGCGGUGGAGGGCUGCAGCCGGCUAUUCGACGCGACGAGGAUCUGGCGCCUGUCGCUAUACCCGGCGGACGGCGCGGCGGCGUCGGCUGCAUUCUACACGGGGUCGCCGCACGCGGACAGCGUCGACUCGGCCUCCUCGCCCGCGCCGCGCACAGAGGAGAGCGUUUCUCCGUCCCCGCACGGAGGAGCGCGCGACGGCAGUGGCGACGAGCACACGGACCCCGGAGGCGCUGGCGGCGCGGCCCCCCAGGACAAGAACCGGCGUGGGCGGACCCCCAGAGACUCGCCCGGGCAGCAGGCGCAGCACACUCAGGCGUGCAGCCAGUGCGGGAAGGCAUUCCGUAGCGGCAGUGCCUUGAACAAGCACUACCUGUCGCACAGCCAGGAGCGCAAGCACGUGUGCGAGGUGUGCCACAAGGCCUUCAAGCGGCAGGAUCACCUGGCGAGCCACAUGGUGACGCACCAGAAGAGCAAGCCCUUCUCCUGCUGCGCCCAGGGCUGCCUCAAGAGCUACUGCGACCUGCGCUCGCUCAAGCGCCACUACGAGUCCCACCACAAGCUGCCCUACCCGCCCGAGGGAGGGCAGCCCUUCCCCGCGACCUCCCCCGCCGUCGCGCGCUCCGAGGCCCACCAACCGCCUCCCGACGGGUGCCCCACCGACGCCAAGGCUCCGCUCAAUGGCCUCGACCCUCCGUCGCACUGCCCCGACGACGAUCCCACGACACGGUUAUCGCCGCCGCCGCCGCCGCAGCAGCAGCAGCACCGGCCGACGGGCGACGCGGCACAGACGCUGGAUUCCGCCGGCCUGCCGGACGACCCCGGGGCGUUUCAGCUGCGCGUCGUGAGCGUGACGGUCAGCGCCGAGUACACGGAGGGGGUUGCGGCGGCUCAGCCGGAUGCCAGUUUCCUGCCGCUGCCGGUGGGCGGCCACGGCUUGCACCUCGCGCCGGCCAUGCCACCGGUGCAGCCGGCGCCGCACGAUUCCCAGAACCACGCUCCGCCGAUGCCGCGGCAGCAGCAGCAGCAGCAGCGGCAGCCGGACGGCGUGGGCUCUGCGCGCACGCCGGAGCUGCUCUCCGUGCCCAAGCUCCCGGAGCCGGCGCGCCCCGCCAGCUGGCCCCACCCGGCCGCCAGCCAGCUCCUGCUGGCGCCCCCGGGCGAGCCCCCGCCUCCGCCUCCGCCGCCCCUCCCCCCGCCCGCGCAGCACGGCCCGUGGGCCGCGGCCUCGUUGACCCAGGGGGCCGGCGACCGCCUCCUGCCCUCGCUGCCCGCGGGCGCCGAUGGGGCGGCUGCCUCCCGCAGCGGCCAGAAACUGGACUCGUUUGUGCAGGCGUUCGCCAAGAGGAAGCCGGCCGUGCCGGGCGCGGUGCCGAGCGGCGCGCCGGGCCCGCCGCUCCUCCUGUCGGUGUUCGGGGAGAGCGACCUCGGCGACCUCGGCGACCUUGGCGGUGGCGGCGCCGUCGCGCGGCGGGCGGCGGCCAUGGAGCAGCUGUCGCCCGUCGGGGCGCAGCAGUUCACGCUGCCUUCCACGCACGGCUGUCACCAGGCGCAGCAGCAGCAGCAGCCGCCGCCGCCGCCGUACGCGCUGCAGGUGCAGGGCAGUCUCCCUGCACCGUUCCACAACCAGCAGCAGCAACAGCAGCAGCAGCCACACGAUGCGUACAGGACACACGAGUUCCAGCAGAUCCAACAGCAGCUCCUUCAUCAGCAUCAUCAUCACCCUCACCAUCAUCACUCGCACCAUCAGCUGCAACAACAGCAGCAGCAGCAGCAACAAACUAUGCAGACUUUGGAACAAUCCUGGCAGCAGCAGCAGCAGCAGGUGCAGCAGGUGCAGCCAGUAAUGGCGCAACACAAGAUAGAAGCCAUACAGCAGCAGCAGCAGCAGCACUUUCCGGCAAUGUCCCUCCAUCAGCAACCUCAGCACGGCUACCUCCGGCUGGCGCCACAGACGACGCAGGCGUUUGCGCCGGCGCCCGCAGAGCGUCCGCCGGCCUCCGAGUGCGGCGAGCCCCCGAGGCUCGGGAAGCCGGGCGAGGCGCGCCGCACGUACGGCGCGCACUUCCUGCAGCCGCCGGUGCUGGGGCAGCAGGCGCUGCGCCCGCCCCACGGCGGCGCCAAGCUGGCGCAGCAGCACGCGGCUAACACGCAGUUCCAGCCAGUGGCGGGCACGGCGGGGCCCGGCCCCAUCUCCGUGCGCCACCUCCUGUCGUCGCGCCUCCUUGCCCUCUCCGCUCACCGUCCGUCGGCGCCGCCCGACGGCUCCGCGCACGGCCACACCUGGGCGCAGGGCCUGCAGAACUCGGUGCCUCCGCUGCCGCCACACCAUAAGCCGACGUCUCCCGACAGCGUCUGGGUGGCUGGCGAUGGCAUGGAACGUGCGGCCCUGGCGUGCGCGUUGUGUGGCCGUGCCUUCCGCAGCCUCCCCGCGCUCAACGGUCACAUGAGGCUGCACAGCGCGCGGCCGCCCGCCCACGCCGCCAGGGAUACGGACGGCACGAGAGCCCUCGCCGUCGCGGACGCGCAGCCCCGUGGCCUCGAGCCGGCGCUGCCGGCGUCCCUGCCCGUCCUCGCCGCCCCCCUCCCGCUUUCCCUGCAUGCCUUGCACACAGGCGGAGAGGGCGACGGGAAUGGCGUGGUCGCCGUGAAGGCCGAGCCCGAGACGCCACCCGUGUCGCCGCCUGCCGAGAAGGUGGCGGCGCCGCCCAACGGGGACCCCUGCGCGGAGACCCUCGGCCUCAAGAGCCACCCAGGAACGAUUCCGGGCCUCGCGAUCGGCAACGGGGGUGGCGCUCCCGGCUCCACCGUGACCCCCACCGCCCGCACCACCGACACGCAGCAGCAGCAGCAGCGCAAGCAGCGGCCGCGGCCCCAGCCGCUCAUCCUCCCUCCGGCGGCGGCGGCGGCGUGCGGGGCACCCCCACCGGGCCUCGGGGGGCUGCCCCCCCAGCAGCAGCCGCCCCCCUCAGGGGGGCUGCCCCAGCCGCCGGUGCUCUACCAGAGCCAGCUGCGCUCGCCGCGCCUCGCCGACCUCAUGGAGCGCUCCCCGCUGGAGCCGCCGCCCUACACGCCGCCGCCCAUGCUGAGCCCCGUGCGCCAGGGCUCGGGACUCUACUUCUCCACGCUGCUUUCGGCCUGUGCCGGCGGGGGCGGCGGCCCGGGGCCUCCGCCCUCGCUACUCCUCACGCCCAAGGCGCCGGCGACGCCGCGAAUCCUGCUCAGCCGCUCCAGCAGCUUGGAGAGCUCUGGACCUUUUUCCUGCUACGGAGACGACUCCUCCAUCAGCAUCGAGCCGCGCAUCAACAUCGGCACGCGGUUCCAGGCGGAGGUGCCGGGGCUGUGCGAGCGCGGCGGGCCGGGCGGCACGCACGGUGCCGACUUGCUGUGGCAGCCGUGGCCCUUGCUGGAGGACGACGCGGCCACGCAGCGCCAAGUGGAGCAGCUUCUGGCACUGGCUUCGUCGAGUGCCGUGCCGGGCGGCGGCACGAACCGCGAGCUGGCGCUGCACGUGUUGCACCAGGCGCGCGGCGACGUGCUGGCCGCCUUGAAGACUCUGCUGUCUGGAGAGGUGACGCCAUGGCAGGGCCCUCACCUGCACGGGUACCACUACGCAGGCUCGGACAGCUGGAGCAAGCAGGAGAAGAAGCAGUUUGUUCGCGCGAUGAUGGCACAUGACAAGGACUUCCUGCUGGUGCAGAAAGUGGUGAAGACGAAGACCAUGGCGCAGUGCGUGGAGUACUAUUACAGCUGGAAGAAGCUGCUGAGACUCGACCGCAAGCACAGCGCCCGGCACAACGAGGGGGGGCACCAAGGGAACGCGCUGCAGCCGGUGCUCGGCGGUGGCGGCGGUGGCGGCGGCGCUGCCAGCGAGGGCGCCUCGGAGGAGGCGAUGAGCCGAAGCGGGGAGGAACGCCCGCAGAAUGAGGCGGACGCGCUGGGAGGCAUCCCGGGGGGCGCCCCCCCGGUACCGGCGGCGCGGCACGCCGCCGUCACGCGCCUCGCCCCCUCCUUCCCGUGCGACGUCGUGGGCUGCCGGGCUAGCUUCGCCUCGAAGCAGGCCCUCAACGGGCACGCCCGCGUGCACCUGGGCCUCGUGCAGCCGCCCCCGCGCGCCAUGGCUCGCCCCCGCGGCCGCCCGCUCGGCUCCGGCGCCGCCAAAAUCGGCGCCGUCACCGCUGCCGCCGGAUCGGGCGGGGGGGUCGGAGGGAGCGGCAGCAGCGGCAGCCGGGGCGGCUCCCCCACCGCGUCGUCGACGCACAGCGGCGACGCCGAGCUCCUCGCCGUGUUCCCAUGCCGCGAGUGCGGAAAGGUGUUCUACAAGGUGAAGAGCCGCAACGCGCACAUGAAGUCACAUCGGCAGCAAGAGAAGCCAGACAAGCAGAGUCAACAGAAGCAGCACGAGCAGCAAGAGAUGCAGCAGAAACAGCAGCUGCAGCUGCAGCAACAGCAGCAGCAGCUGCAGCAUCAGUUUCUGGAGCAAAUGCUGGAUGGUUCGAAUCAUACUCCUCGGCCCCCAUCACUCCUGUGUCCCGCCGCCCCAGACCUUUUCCUCCCAUCCAUGUGACCUCACCAGGCUUGGCAGAUCAGCUGGGAGCUUGGAGAAGAGACGGAGCGAUCCCUGGAGGGAGCUCCGUGAAGGAUGGGGGGGGGAGGGGGGAUGGAGGGGAGAAGGAGCUCACUUGCGUGGAGAGGCAGUGAGCGACGCAAGGGCAGUUGGGAGGCAGGGGGGGCGGUGGGGAUGGUGACGAGGGGCUGCACCAGCAAGAGGAAGCGAGGGGCAGUGGGGGGGGGCAGUGAUACAGGCUCCCCCAGGUGGGAUCACACCUGGAACACCAACUCAACCUCGGCCGUAUCUCGAGCCGUAGGACUCGCGUACCCUCGCUUCCCGUGUGCCAGUUUCCCUCCGCCCGAGAUGUAAAUUCGGCAUCGUGCGCAUGUUGUGCUGCUGCUGCUACUGCUGCUGCCGAUUGGCAACGUCCGUGCCGGUGGAAGACGCCAGGCUGCGGCAGUGAGGGCCGCCUGCCGUUGGGAGGCCUGUGGUCAGCAUGAGUGCUUUUACACGAUUAGGUAUUGAGCUGUUACUUUCAUUGUGUUGGGUUUUGUCCCUCGAAGGAGAACGAUAUCACACCGCGCUGUACAUUGCUGUUUUUGGCCGUGGCUGUUUUUGCCGCUCGUGCGUGCGUUUCUAUGCUUAGGUUAGGGUGGGUGAUAGUUUGUACGUAGGUGGAGUUUAUAUGGAGUUGAGUUUCUUUUGUAGCUAUGGAAUCCAUGCACUUUGGUACUUUUGAACAGACUUAACUGUGGCAGUUUCUGUACCCCCCGACUGUGAUUUCAUGCAGUUUUUAUUUGAGUAUUUUUUAAGAAAAAGAUUUUAAAAAGUGAAUAGGUUGAGCACCGACAGUGUGCCUCUGCUCCAAGGCGGCGACAACUCUGAAUGAGACUCUAAUCUCUCAAUCCUGCGCCUCCCACUAACACCUCUGUCUCUUUUAGCAACUUUCUCUCUCCCAGCAAAUAUUUUUGUAAAUUCUCCUUCAUUUUCUCUCUCUCUCUGUUCACUACCUUCCCCCUUUCUCUCUCCCACCCACUUUCAGGCUCUCUCUCUCUCUGCUGGGUGUUCGUGCCAAACGUCCUCUGCUGCUGUGCUAUGCUUGAGUACGUGUGUCGUGUUUGUGUAUUACCUGCCUGUGUGCCGGUACAGCAUGAGGGAAGUGUGGUUGUUGGGCAAGGGAUAUUUUUAGGAUGUGGGGAACGUUUCUGGGCACCGGCUGAAAUGCAGGGUGAGAUUGGCCAUUGUUGGGUAGGGGUAAAGGUGGCAUGGCGUGGGGUGGUCCAGUGUCCAGGCACCUCAUGAGGGUCAGGGCGGCCUGGGAAUGGAUGCCUCAACCCAGCUGUGUCCCCCUUGAGUGUGGCCUCGUCACAGUUCGAGACGUGGCACGGUGCUAUGUGCGGCAGCUGGAACAAGCAAAAA